UAUUUUUCAAUUGUUUCUUUUCACUCCUCUCCGCUGUCUCCGAUUCCUCGCAAAUUACCCCGCGCCGUUGAUCGUCAAAGAUGGAUCUCGUCAACCACCUCGAAGGAAGACUGCUUUUCGCUAAGCUCCCAGCUUUCCAACCCACCAAUGGCCCCCCAAACAAGCCCUGGACUAAUGCCUUCCUUGCUGUUACAGAGGGCCGUCUUCAACAAGCCACCCUGGACCUUCUGGCCGGUUGCGAUAUCCAGUUCCGCCGUGAAACCCGCCUGGAUAUUGCCCUGGUCAAGAACCUCCCCAUCGCCCUCAUCUUCCUCCCCGCCGCAGACAUCCCCACCUUCGUUGGUGAGGGCCGCGUUGAUCUCGGUAUCACAGGCCGCGAUCAGAUUGCUGAACACGAUGCGCUGCUGCCCCGCGGCGAAGUCUCCGGCGUGGAGGAGAUCAUGGACCUCGGCUUCGGUGCCUGCAAGCUGCAGGUGCAGGUUCCGGAGAAGGGCGACAUCACUGAGGCCAAGCAGCUGAUCGGCCGGAAUGUCGUCACCAGCUUCACUGCACUCACCGAGGCCUUUUUCGCCCAGCUCGAGGGCAAGAGCGAGAAGAGUGAACUCAGCACCAAGAUCAAGUACGUUGGUGGCAGUGUUGAGGCUGCCUGCGCUUUGGGCGUGGCUGAUGGCAUUGUCGACCUUGUUGAGUCCGGUGAGACCAUGAAGGCCGCUGGUCUCAAAGCCAUAGAUACUGUUGUCGAGACCGUUUCCGUCCUGGUCAAGUCCAAGAACACCCAAAACGCUCUGGUUGAUCUGAUCGCUUCCCGUAUCCGCGGUGUCAUCACUGCCCAAAAAUACGUCUUGUGCCAGUACAACAUCCCUCGCGCAGAGCUGGCCACUGCCUCCAGCAUCACCCCCGGCAAGCGCGCUCCCACGGUCACCGCCCUCGAAGAAGACGGCUGGGUUGCCGUCAGCUCGAUGGUCGAGAAGAAGAAGAUCGCGACGGUCAUGGACGAGCUGACCAAGGUCGGCGCGACGGAUAUCCUUGUCCUGAACAUCACCAACUCGAGAACGGGUUAAUGUGUGAAACAUAUAUACUCUAGUUCUCUUUCCUUUUCAAUCUUUUUAUAUUUCUUCUAUGGUAUACUAGGGCGCGUUUUCUCGCAUUUGAUCUUCUCUUUCUUUCUUUGUGACCAAUAUUAUUCGCUUUUGAGAUGAUUAGACGGGUUUGUUCGAGUCCUGUGGGAUUCAAAAUGAAAAAAAUAGACGGAGCUUGGACCUGAUUAUAUCUAAUCUUCAUUAAUAAUUAUAAUACUCCGUACAAAAUAAACAAAGAG